GUGCGCCUUGGUGGCCUUACUUUUCGUCCAGGGAGCUGUUGCCUUCCGCAGGAAAAAGGUUGAGAAGACGAGCCUCCGUCGCCAGGAGCCAAAGGCCUUGCUCGAAGAGCUGGAACAGGUCCUGGGUGCCGAGCACCGUGAGGCAGCUGAACAGCGCCUCUCCGAGUUUGAAGAUGACCUUCGCAUCACUUUCAAGGCGCUGCCGAAGAACGGCCGAGGCGCCGUGGCCGCUCCUUCCGCACGCUACGCGCUGCAUAGGCUGUUUAACCAACGGCAUGGAUGGCAGAUCAAAGGCUUGGAGACUGCUGCAGGUGCCUGGGACACGGACUCGCCAGUGACAGCCAUGGGCGAUCGCGUGCCGCCCAAGAUGCGCGAGCUCUUCGAGGACCGCCUAGGGUCCUAUGGACUGACUCUCCACGAGUUGGCCAUCCUGGCUGCCACGAUGGACAAGAUGUUCGAGACUGAUGUGGCGGAGCGCCUCCGAAUCGUCUACAAGGCGUCGGCGCUGAAAGUCCAGGACAAGAUCAACUACAAUCAGGCGAAGAAUGUUUUGUGGACUUAUGUGGCAGCCUUCAUCACUGGACCGCAGGUGGAGAGCCUCACAGAAGGAGAGGUGCACAAGGCCGUCGAGCACUUUGAAGUCAGGUUUCCACGCUACGCAGAGGCUAGAGAUUUGCUGGUUGGAAUCGCCGAUGAGGUGGCUGGACAUGGAGCAAGUUCUUACGACUUCGAGACGCUACAGACCAUCCUGUCCAAGUUUGGCCAAAGGCUUGGGGCUCUGGAGGACACCGAAUGCAAGGUCAUGAAGAACAGAUUGACAUCGUUGGAAGCUCGUGAUGGCAGCGGUCUCGUUCGCUUGGGAGACUUCUACGGCAACGACAAGUUUGACUUCCACUUCACGGAGAGCCCUGCGUACCUUCGGAGCGCCGGCCUGCUUGACGAGUCGAACCCGGAGGAUCCGAAGGUGAUCAUCCCCAACUACCUUGCUGGACCUUCCAACUGCGUCCAGCCUUCAGGUUACUACAGCAUCUGCUGUUUCGAUGAGUGCGAGCAGUUGAUGGACAAGGUGGAGGAGGGAUUGGAAGCACCUAUGGGCACCCCAGAGAAGAUUACCGCUUUGGUGUCUGGAUUGCCCUCCUCUUCGCAGCCGGCCAACCGCACGCUCUCGCCGCACCUCACCCAGCUGCUGGAUGAGGUUGCCGGCCACCACGGUGGAAUGGUCCCCAUUCACGGCCGCCUCUUCGCACAGUGGAUGCACGAGGCAUACCCACGUGAGUGCACCUACCCGAACCUGGAGGUGAAGGUCCAGAGCCGCUUUGAUCAUUCACCAGAGAUGGAUCACGUGGAGGCUGCAGAGAAGUCCAAGUACUGGCAGAUUGCCAAGCAGCGAGAGAGCAGCGGCGAGAACCAAACCACUUCCCGCUGGAUCAUGAAGGAGGAGCUCGUCGACCAACAGGGUUUCGAGGCUCACGUGAAGUCGAGCACACGGGACGACUUGACGAUCUUUGGUACCCUCGGCUUCAUCGGCAUGGCCGUUGUACGAAUCAUUGCGCCUGCCUUGAGGAAUGACAAGCAGAAGGAACUCUGA